AUGAUACACUCUAAUCGGCACCGACACCGACACCGACACCGACACCGACACCGGAAUUCUCUCUUGCAAGCGAAUCUCUCAGUGAAUUCUCUCCGGCACCGGCGGCAUUACAAAUUCAGCAAGAACAAGAGGAACUCCGCAUAUCGCAAAAUGGAUCUGCAUCCACCUUCGGGAGAGAAUUAUGCUCAUCCACAGAUAUGCUUCUUUCACGUGCUUUUUAAGGGUGCUGCCUUGGCAUUUUAUAUUCUUUCGGCUCUAUUUGUGGACAGUUUUGUGAUCAUAUUUGUGGUCACAGUACUUUUUGCUGCACUUGAUUUUUGGGUUGUCAAGAAUGUAAGUGGUCGUAUCUUGGUGGGCCUUAGGUGGUGGAAUGAGAUUAAUGAUAAUGGUGAAAGUGUGUGGAAAUUCGAAUGCCUUGACCAAGAGUCAAUGGCUCGAAUGAACAAGAAGGAUUCAUGGCUUUUCUGGUGGACCUUAUACCUUACAGCCGUCGCGUGGAUCUUUUUUGCUAUUUUCUCUCUGAUUAGAUUUCAAGCUGAUUAUCUUCUUGUUGUUGGUGUAUGCUUGACCCUUAGCAUAGCAAAUAUCAUUGGCUUUACUCGAUGCCGCAAAGAUGCUAAGAAGCAACUUCAAGCAUUUGCUACACAGACAAUUGCCUCUCGUGUAUCGUCGACCAUUCACUUGGGGCCCGUGCAGGCGGAAUUGAUGGCAUACGUGGCCCGCGGUGGGGCCGGUCAUGAUAUAAUUGUACGGGCUGCCCUAGCCGAGAAGGCUGGGGAAAAAGUCCGGCAGGAAGAUACUGCCUGA